AUGGGUUCGAAUCUUCCAUAUGCGGCGGAUGCUGAGAGCCCGCUGAAACCCGCUGAACUCCAAGUUCUGCGAGCCCAAUACGAAAAGGAAGGGGAAUAUGUCGGCGUGCAGACCAAAUUCAAUUAUGCUUGGGGCCUCAUAAAAUCCAACACGCGCCAAGAACAACAAGAGGGUGUCCGACUGCUGUCCGAAAUAUUCAAAUCGGCCCGCGAACGACGACGCGAAUGCCUCUACUAUCUCGCACUCGGCAACUACAAGCUAGGCAACUAUGGUGAGGCGCGCAGAUACAACGACCUCCUUCUCGACCAUGAGCCGGGGAAUCUACAGGCGGCCAGUUUGCGGACGCUGAUUGACGAGAAGGUUGCGAAGGAAGGGUUGGUUGGUGUUGCGAUCUUGGGAGGCGUGGCACUUGCGGCUGGGGUGGUUGGAGGGCUUAUUAUGAAGGGUGCGAGGAGGCGGUGAGGACAGUAGAUGGGGUUUUACGAAGUCAAGAUGAUGAAGAAAGAUGUCGCGCGGGGUUCUUUAUGAUGAAAGGUGCUAGGUUACGUGGUUUUCCCCUUUGUCGUAUUUUGGUUGGGUGGGUGGGGAAAAGGCUACGUGCUGAUAUGGUAUCCCAAACAGGAUGAGGCAGCUUUUCGAGAGGUCCUUAGAAAAGGGGUAUGGUGCUUCCGGUGGCUCUUAUUGUCUCCUGUUGACCUGCUGUUACUCCCAUCUGGUUUUCACGCCCCGGCUUGGUUUUCUCUCCACUUAAACGUAUUCUGCUUCUCUUUCAUG